UGAGCUGAUAAUACUCAAGCCAAAAAUUAUCAAUAUUUUCCAGGAAGAAAGUACCAAGGACACCUUUACUAUUGUUGACCACCUGUAACUAUUUGAUUUUAUCAAAACUGAAUCCUUUACAAACUCCAAAUGUUAAAAUAAUAGCAGAGAAGCAAAUAUGUUUAAAUUUAGACACCGGUUAAAUAUAGAAAAUGCGCGUUUGAUUCUCUGGUCACAUGGCACACAUAAUGCCGGCUAGUCAAAACUGACCAGGAAGCUCCAACACAUCUUAUCCCAACUUACAUAAUUUCUACUUUAAUACCAUAUUGUUAAAACAAUGGCGACUAAAAAUGAAAUGGGUAGAAAGUUCAAAGACCAACUGCAUCAAUUUUCUACAAAGCAAUGGACACAGGAUUACCAAACACGAAAUACUUCUAAUAAAGCUUUGAUGAAUUGUGAUGUGGCUCCGAAAAAGACACGUCGUAAAUAUGUGACACACUGGGCGAAUCUGCCAGACAUUUUGCUGGAAAGAAUCUUUUCACAUCUGACAAUCCGAGAACGUUUUUACGCUAGUUUGGUAUGUAAAACAUGGAAUAGAGCUUUUUACUUGCCGAAUGUUUGGUCACGAUUUGUUCUUGAAGAUACCACAUUAACAAGAGCAAGAUUUAAUUACUAUCAAGGAUGGCAGUAUGUUUUAGAUCAUGUACGAACGCAAUUGUGUCUCACCCAGAUUGGCAGCUAUAUUCGUUGUUUAAUCUUUGCGCCAAUGUUAAACUUUUUCAACCUGUAUGAAUUUAUUAAACUGUUAUCAUGGUACAUUGAACAAGGAGAUAAUCCACUUUUAAAUAGCUUUGGGAUAGGCUCAAGGAUUCGUACAUUAAAGUUCACCUUUCCUUGCAAUAUGGACAAUAGGAUAAGAGACGAGGAUGAAAUUACAAAACUUUAUGGAACCGGUGGACAGAUUCUUGGUACAUUGAAACGUCUCAUGACAAAUUUGCCUGAACUACAACAAUUAGAAUUAAUUGAUCUUAUGUUGGAAAUCAAAGAAGCUCAGCAUCUUCUUGAUGGAGUCUGUAAUAUUUGUUGCACGUCAAUGCGCACUUUAGUGUUGAUUAACACAACAAGAUAUCAAUAUCCUUUGCUUCACGUUGGUGUAUUUUUAAAUUUAAAAGUACUAGUGAUCAGUCCGCAAAAUUUAGGGGAUGAUGUCUUAGAACUUUUGGGUUCUACCCAAUUGCAACACCUUCAUAUUCAUCAAAAUGUCUACACACCAGACUAUGUUAUGAAUUAUACAACUGUACGAGCGUGGAAGAAUUGUAAACGGGAUAAUCCUUAUUUACAAGUGCAUCUUGAAAUGGAAAAUCUUAAAGAAAAGAGAUUGCUUCUGUGGCCUGCUGCGCCUGUUACCAGUAUUAUCUAUGAUUCUCCACAUAUCGGUGUACAAUUGGCUGAAGUAAUGAAUAUGGUUGAACAUUAUAAAGAUAGUUUACGUGUGUAUGGUCAUAAAAGUUUACCACGUGGUUACAGAUCAAAGAAAUUCUAUGAUCGCAUUGAUGAAUCUCUUGUACUUUUGGGUCGUGGUUGUCCAAAACUACAAACAUUGAUCAUCACUGAAAGGGUGUCUACUGCUACUCUGCUAUUGAUUGCAACCACGUGCAAAAACUUGCAAAACUUGUAUGUUCGUCGCAACGCUGUGAUAAAAAAAUUCGACUGGCAAGUGAAUCCAAACUGGAGUGAUGAAUAUGCUGAGUGGUUGAAAUGUGCAGCCCAUGAUUAUAGUCGAAUUGAAAAUGAAAUUUCUCAGAUUUUAGGGUACAAAUGGUGUAUGAUGAGUGAUCGAGCGUUUGGGAAGUUACAACUUGAUUUUGACGAAUUAAACUGAUGUAUCUACCAAAAUAAAAACAAAUUAUUACAUAUAUAAUUUUCUAGACACGAUCCAAGUGAA